AUGGCCUUCACCGAGCAUGAGAGUGUUAAGUCCCACUACCAGUGGUUAAGCCAGCUUGAUGUGGACCAUGUCCCUCAGCAGAAGAACUACAGGAGGACUUCUAUCAUUUGUACGAUUGGACCUAAGACAAACUCUGUCCAGGCCAUUAACAACCUGCGUAAAGCUGGUUUGAACAUUGUGCGAAUGAACUUUUCUCACGGUUCAUAUGAGUACCACCAAUCUGUCAUCGACAACUCCAAGGAGGCUGAGAGAAUUCAGCCUGGUCGUCCAUUGGCAAUUGCUCUUGAUACCAAAGGACCCGAGAUCCGUACCGGUAACACCAAGGACGGUGGUGACCACCCGAUCUCUGCGGGAGCGGAGAUCAUAAUCACCACCGAUGACCAAUAUGCCACCGCUUGCGACGAGAAAAUCAUGUACGUUGACUACAAGAACAUCACCAAGGUCAUUUCUGCGGGCCGUAUCAUUUACGUCGACGACGGUGUUCUCUCAUUCGAGGUCAUCGAAGUUGUCGACGAAAAGACCAUCAAGGCUAAGUGCUUGAACAACGGAAAAAUCUCUUCAAAGAAGGGUGUCAACCUUCCCAAGACAGAUGUAGACCUUCCUCCUCUAUCAGAGAAGGACAAGGCCGAUCUACGAUUUGGUGUAAAGAACGGCGUGCACAUGAUUUUCGCCUCCUUCAUCCGUCACGGUUCGGACAUCACCGCUAUCCGUGAGGUCCUCGGCGAAGAUGGAAAGGAAAUCCAGAUUAUUGCCAAGAUUGAGAACCAACAGGGUGUCAACAACUUUGACGAGAUUCUCAAGGAGACCGACGGUGUCAUGGUUGCUCGUGGUGAUCUCGGUAUCGAGAUUCCCCCUGCGCAGGUUUUCAUUGCGCAGAAGAUGAUGAUCGCCAAGUGCAACCUCGCUGGAAAGCCCAUCAUCUGCGCUACCCAGAUGCUUGAGUCCAUGACAUACAACCCCCGCCCUACCCGUGCUGAGGUUUCUGAUGUUGGAAAUGCUGUUCUUGAUGGUGCCGACUGUGUCAUGUUGUCCGGGGAGACUGCCAAGGGUGACUACCCUAUCGAGUCUGUCACAAUGAUGCACGAGACCUGCUUGCUUGCCGAGACUGCUAUCUCAUAUGCCCCUCUUUUCAACGAGCUCCGAAGCUUGACUGCUCGCCCCACUGAGACCAGCGAGACUUGUGCUAUUGCCGCUGUCAGUGCUUCGCUGGAACAGAAGGCUCGCGCCAUCAUUGUUUUGUCUACGUCCGGGUCUACUGCCCGUCUCAUUUCCAAAUACCGCCCUAGCUGCCCCGUUUUCAUGAUCACCCGAAACAACAAUGCCGCCAGGUACUCACAUCUGUACCGUGGUGGGGAAUGGCUGAGGCCAUGCGCCUUGGUCUUCUCUCCAAGGGUGACACCGUCAUCGCCGUCCAGGGAUGGAAGGGUGGUCUUGGAAACACCAACACUCUCCGUGUGUUGA